CGCAAAUACAACUGCACAGUGCAUAGUAAAAAAGCAUGGCCGCCCAGACUGCUCGUAGUGCGUAAGAGGGUGUACGGAGGUUUUAGGUUUUGCGUUCUUCGGUUUUUUAAGUGCACACAGUUUUCAGCCGGAAUUUCCGUACGACGUCGAAUCAAUUACUGCCGCUGUGGAAUAGUUCGUAGGUGUUUGUAAAGUCCCGCAAAUAAAAGGUUCGUGGAAAUCCAAACUCAAAGUAGAGAAAAGUUUGUCCAGGGCACCUCGCCCCAUCGUCUCCGUCAUUACGAACGACUUUUGCGUACGAGCCCCAAAGAAUUGCAGAAUUUUUUCGGGUUCGUCGAAUGCAGUUGUCAAAGUGAUUUUCGCAUGGCGAUUUUGUUGCAUUUUCCAUUGGAUUUUGGUGUUUUUGCCCGGCCGAGUGCGAUCAGUGUAGCUGGGAAUGUGAUUUCAUGUCGGUGUGAAUAGUUUUCCAGGCAGAAAACUCGCCUACUACAGCUUAAGUUCGAGUAGCUAUGCAUGCGCUGCGAGGAAACCUUUUUUUCUUGCGUUCUUGGUGUCGUUUUUGUUGGUGUCUGAUUGCUGCUUGACAUUUCCUCCGCAAAUUGCUACGAGUCUGAAAAGCGAAAGAAGAUUAUUAGGCAUGAACAAUCAAUGCAUUUUAAGAUUAACAUGGAACCACAAAUGCAAAUAACCGAUCUGCUCGACUCGCAGCAAUUUGAUCAAUUCAGCAGUAUUUUUGCUAUGAGCUCUGUUGCUACCGCAACUGCUGCCACUGUUGUUACUGCCGCUGCCACAACCGCCGCUGCUGCACCUACUGUAAACGCAAAUAAUAUCGGAAUCUUAUGCAACGGCAGCGAUAAUAAUUAUAAUUAUAAUACAUCUACGCAAUCUCAGAAUCAGCAUCAAUCCCAGUCGUCUCAGACACAAACGCAUCAUUUAGUGAGCACAAAUAGUUUUGAAUUGAACGCUGCAACUUCUUUAAGUGAUGACUCAGGUGUUCCACUAACAAAUAGUUCAAUAUCAAGUGGUGAUUCUUAUCGUUUAGGUUUGUGCAAGCUGGAGUUGGAGUUGGUAGAAAGCGAUGGUGAAGUCUCGCAAUUCGACUCGUUGGAUAAUUGUUCGGAUGGUGGCAUGAGCGCAGAGAAUUUUAAUACUUUAAAGAAAGGUCCACUCGCGCCAAUAGACCCGCCACCAGAGUUCCAGGAUUCACCCCAAACAACACUACUUCGAUCGCAAGUACUUCAAAACUAUGCAUUAAAACUUUGUGAAAACCUCAUAUCGAACGCUUUAAUACAUUAUUCAUCGCAUUGUUCGCUUCUUAAGGCAACAACCAGCGAUAAUCAUUUUCAAAAUGACGAGGAUAACAUUGUCCACCAUUACCAUUCAAGCGAAUGCAACUUCUAUUCAUUGAAUGCUUCGUCGUUUAAUAAACAAAUUUAUGCCAGUGAUUCACUUCUAAAUAAACACAUUGAUAAUAUUUAUGACGAACCAAAUGACACAUCUUGCUCAUCUUAUGAAAACAGUUUGGAAAUUGCAAGUAAUAAAGACUUAUGUGAAAAUUUUGAUCAUCAGUCACGUUAUUUCAAAGUAAUCAAAUCUGAGCAAGACUAUUCAAAGUCGCGCAAACUGAAUUUAUCGCGCAUGUCGGAAAUCCAUGAUUACGACUUGUACUACGGUUUAAAGAAGGCUCAUCCAACCGAUACUUUUCAACAACGAAAGACACCAGUUUUAUACAGUCCGUUGCAUCAUCAUACAGGAAGUAAUAUAUCUACAGGGAAUAGACCUAAUUCUAGAAAUUCUCUUAAUAGUAGACUAUCUAGUUCGCAUAAUUCAUUAAGUGUACCAAAUGCCAACAAAGCUGAUGAUUCAAUUUUCAUAACACAAGCAAUGUCGCAUGACGCGCUGUUGGGUCGCGAGAUCUCCGAUUUCUACAACGUCCCAAUAGACUCGGACAUUUACGCAUUUCCGAUUGACAUGGUGAAGCCAGACCCGAAAGAUUUAUUUCGUCGCGACACAAAUCGGCCUCCAAGCAAGGGCCGUUUGAAGUACAUCCGGAACAACAAGAAAAGACGACGAAACAAUAAUGUCAUCGAAGCCACAGGCGUGGAUAAGUACGGUAGCAAAACAAAGAUAUCUCGUCCUGGAGACAAAAGGCAUAGCGUUCCUGAAAACACUAUUCAACCUUUACAUAUGACUUUGGACGAAGUGAAACGGUUCUACCACAGUUUGUACUCCAGUUCUAGUGAUUCGAACGAGAAUCUAACUAACAAAAGAGUGGCAAUGCAGUAUCGCAAAAGUUCGGAGAAUAAUAAUAAUAUGAACAGCAACAAUAACAAUAUUGUUCGUAAUAAUGAAAAGACUCUUGCGCUGCAACACAGCACACCUAGCACAAUAAAAUCCACCAAUUAUAAGAACAUUGCAAAUGGACGGCCGAAAAAGAUCGCUCCAAAGUCGACUGAAAUCCAACCUCCCCUUAGUAAUAAUACUAAUACAAUGAAUAGCAGUAACAAAUAUACAACUCACCAUGUGGAGAAAAAGUCACAAUUUUCCAUUACACUCAAUUUGAAGCAGAGAUUUUGUAGUAUAUUCCGUUUCCGUAAAAAUCAACAUAAUAGCAGACAAAAUUUAAAUGAGUCGGCCGAGUACGUAUCGAAUCGUGAAGAUAAGAGGAAAAAAUUAUUGACACGAGCGCUGCCACCGUUGCCAAAUAAACAAAAUUCGGAAAACAACGAGCCAGCCGUUGAGGAGAAAAAAGAUGAUAAGAAGUCGGAUUUCAACUCAGCCAUACAUUUCGCAUCAAAUAUAGAAAAAGUGAAGAAUUAUGGAUGGUAUUGGGGUCCUAUAUCAAGUGAGGCUGCUGAAAAAAUAUUAUCUAACGAGCCAGAUGGAAGCUUUAUUGUUAGAGAUAGUUCUGAUGAUCAUUAUAUAUUUUCACUAAGUUUUAAGUUGAAUAAUUCUGUAAGGCAUGUGCGAAUUGAUCAAGAUCAGGGUACAUUUUCGUUUGGAUCAAACGCAAAAUUUAAAUCGCAAUCGAUUACGGAAUUUAUUGAGAAAGCUGUGGAACAUUCAAGAAGUGGGAGAUAUUUAUUCUUCCUUAACCGGCGUCCCGAGCCUGGACCAAUGCGUGUGCAACUUACAAAUCCAGUGUCUAGAUUUAAGCAUAUACAAAGCUUGCAACAUAUGUGCAGGUUUGUUAUACUGAAAACGGUGGUUCGGAAAGAUCUGAUACAGACACUUCCUUUGCCUAGACGGCUUCUCGAUUAUUUGAGUUAUAAACAUUGCUAUUCUGAACAAGUAGAAAGUGAUAGCUCUCAAUCCCAGAUGUCUGGAGAUGGAAGGGCCUAAACAUAAUUCGUUUAUUCUUACUCUCUAUAUAUAUUUACUAUGAGACUUCUUUUAACACGAAUUGUUAGGUAAUUUUUCAUACAUUCUCGUUUUUUAAAUAUGAAUCAUUAUUUGAAAUUUAUAUUUAUAAUAAAUUUAAAUAUCUAUUUAAAAAUAUUCGGUGCUAUUUGAGUUUAAAAACAAUAUAAAAACAAGUAUUCUUACGAAAUUACGAAGUGAAAUGGUCCAUUAAUUUAUAAAAACAAAAUAUACUUGAAGUAAAUAGUAGAAAAUACGAUACGAGUCAAAAAAGAUAUGUUUGUACUAUCAGGGCAUCAUAAUUGUUGUCAAACAAAUGGAUUUACUCUUAUUGCAUUACAAUUGUGAUAUACAUUUAAAAUGUAGUUGACAAUGUAGGACGUUUUUAUAUAUCCUUUUACAAAAACAAAAGUGAGAAAUCAAUUUGAGCCAUCUCCAUAAUUUCGUUUUAGUCUUUACUUCUGAAAUUCUGGAAAUUUCACUCAUAAACGAAGCAAAAUUCAAUUAUCACCUUAAAUUACAAACACAUUUGAGACAAUUUUUGAUGAUGUUCAUUGCGUGUGAUUAUGUCAAACAAUUAUAUGAAUGAAAGAAAUUAGGAAGAGGCACUACGGCUCAGUACUAAUUGUUGCAUCGCUGAUGAGAUCAGAAGAUACGAAAAACAAGAAAGCCAAAAUUUCUAAUUAGAAAGGUAUAACAAUAACAAAUAAAUAUAUCAAGAGCAAAAAGCACAACACCAAAUAUAAUGUUAGGAGACGAAAUGUGUAUAAAGUUAAGUUGUUUUCUAUGCUAGUCAUUUUUGAUAUUGUCAUUGGAAGAAUGCCUUUACGAAUGUGUAAUGUCCAUCCCUGUAAUCUUGCAAUUUCAAUAAAUAAUUUUAUGAAAAUUAAGCAUCAAGAACCGUUCUAGUGUUGACAAAUCAAGAAAUAUUGUGCAAUUAUUAUUUCCCAGUAAUUUGUGUCGAGUUUGUUUUUAUCACUUCACUCUAAACAAUACCGCAAAAUAUCUGUCAACGGCUUUUCACUAUCACAUAACUGCAUGAAAAUAAAGCAUACGUGUCAGUAAUUAUUUAAAGGAAAAAAUUAAACCAUACCAGAUUAUCAUAUGCAAGCAAAAUCAAUAUCAUCAUUUAUGGUACAUGAAAAUCAGAAUUAAACAAAGAAAAGAUAUUAUUUCAGAUUGCAUUGUAAUGGUGAGAAAAUAUGAAAGUCGGAACUAAAUAUAAAUUAUGUAAAAUUAAUAUUUUACAUGAAAGUGAA